ACAAACAAACAUGACAUCUUCAGAAAAAUCUCCCUUUGUUUCCUUCAAAUCUAAGAAGAUUCUUCGUUCAUCUUCCUCCAAGCCUUCCAUUGCAGAUGGAGAACCAGCGUCUGUUCUUUCGGAUCGGAGUCCUUGGAGUUCCAAGACGCCGGAAAAGCCAAUCAAUCCUCCACGGCGCACGUCUAAUCGUCGCGCUGCUUAUUCAGUGAAACAAGUGAGAGAGGCAGCGGAGAAGCUCCGGAACUCGCGUCUGCGACCCUCCAUUGAGCCCGAUUCAAUUAUUUGCGACGGGUUGGAAGCUGCAAGAUCCUCUGGUGCUACAGAGAUCCAACGAGCGAAGAAGACUGACGAAUCAUCUGAUCUGCCAGAGAGGUACCAGAUGUUGAUUAAGUUUUUUGAUAGCUUUGACAACUCGAUUCGAUUGCUUAUUAUGAAAGGAUCUAUGUGCACAUUUACAAAUAUUAGCUCCAAAAUUGAGGCUUUCACUAAUAGGAGGUUCACUUAUAGUCAUUUGGCACAACUGAAAUUCAUUUUACCAGAGGCAAUAGAGAUCAAGAAGAUUGUUACUCGUGAUGAACUGACUUUCUGUAUGAAGCCAAAUCUUCAUAUCACUUUGAACAUUAAUGCAAUUACUGAAAGAAAGCAACAACUAUCAUCACAGAGUGGGCAUCCUUACAUGAGGAAGUUAUUUCGUAGUCGGCUAUUGGAUUACUUUAAGUCUCAUCCAGAGGAUGACAUUCCCGAGGAAGAGUUACCGGAACCAUUCAACAAGUCGAAGCAAGUUCUUCUUACAAGUGAGACAGGCAAUUCAUCCUUGGCCGGUGAAAGUUCAAAUUUUUUACCUGCAUCUCAUUUAUCAAAAUCUUUUAGUAGAGGCUUUUCAAUGAAGGCUUUACAAACCGAGAAAAAAUCAACAUCUCCUUUUCAAUCCAUCCCGGUAUCAAAGUUGUCUGAUUCAAAAUUCACAUCAACAACAUUCGACGAUGAAUCACACCAAUCAUCCAAUUUACCUGUAACUCCAUUAAAAGAAAUGGUUGUUUCUAAAACUGCUGUAACUCCAUUAAAAGAAAUGGUUGUUUCUAAAACUGAUGGUGAAUACACUUCCGAUGAACUCGUAUUGACUCCACUGAAGCUGAUGAGUGUCACACCAAUAGUAAAGACUCAAAAGAGGUGUUUCAUGACCCCCAAUAAUGAUGCUGAUACAAGUAAAUUACUCAAACGCCCUCCACGAAGUAGGUCUUUGAAAUUUGAUUCUCCUACCAAAUGUAAAAAGAAUGUAAAAUCAAAUGAUGAUGACAUCUUGGACAUACUUCCUGACCAUGUUCUGCAAUCGAUAAGAGAUAAGGAAAUGAAAGCAAUAGAAGAGCGAGAUCCAGCCAUAUCACAAGCAAAAUGGCGAAGACAAAUGAUAUCAAGUUUACCUAAACUAUUUGAUACAAUUGUCUUUUUAUAUCAGUCAAUCAAACGGUCGGUUCUCACAAAAAAUGAUCUCAUUCACAAGAUCAUUUCUAGCCACUUAGACAUCGUCGACAGAAGAGAAAUUGAAGAGCAAGUCAGGCUGUUGCAAGAGUUGGCUCCUGAGUGGAUUUAUGAGAAGUUUGCAUCAACUGGAGAUCUUCUGGUCUACGUCAAUAAAAUAUCAAACCCCCAAUCAAUCCGAGCAAGAAUGGCUGAAGCGAAGUGAGUCGAAGAGGAUAUGGUUUUAGAGAUAAUAUUGAAUUUUGUAUACGGUCUUAACCACAAGAUUAAUUAUUUUAUUUAUUUAUUUUUAAACUAUCAUUAUUUAAAUCAUAAAUUGGAUAAUUAAUUUAUUGUUUAAUUUAUUCUUAAUCUAUCAGUAUUUAAAUUAUAAAUUGGAUAAUUAGUUGGUUUAAAGGGAAAGCUCAUUGUAAUGUCAUACUUCCUCAUUUUUAUUUGG